GCUCCCAGCACCCCAACUUCCCAACCCCACCACACACCACCACCACAACUUAAACACACUUCACCCCACCACAACAACUGUCUUCAUCCUUCAGCAAAAUAACCCAAAAACACGCCCACAAUGGCCCAAACCACGCCCCGCAAGCGCCAAAACCUCUCCACCAACCAAGCGUCGAUCACAACCUUCUUCAAGCCGGCGCACACCGGGCUGAGCGGCGCCCCGCUGUCCGACACCAUCCAGUCCGGCCUGCUCUCGGUCGGCAUGCGUAUCCGCAAGUCCGUUCCCGAGGGCUACAAGUCCGGCACCUACGCCUUCAAUAAGCACCUCCCGUCGACGGGCAUUCUUACCCCGCCGUCGUCGCAGGAGUCGGUCUCGUCCGUCUCCACCUCCACCUCCACCGGCUCGCCGAGGAAGAAGCGCGCUUUGGAGGCCGACGAGAGAAGGAAGCCAAUGCCCCCCGUCAGCAGCAUCAAUGCCUGGGCCCGCUCCGUCAAGGUCCCGACUGGUCCCGCCGGAAAGAAGAAGGGCUCCUCCAGCUUCUAUCAGGCCGUCGAGCGCAAGGAUAUCAUGUUGAAGGGCGAGGAGGAUUUUGACGAGGCGGAGUUUUUGAAGCCCGUCGAUGAGAUGGAGGAGUAACUAGGCCACUUUUUUCUUUUUCUUUUUCGCGGCUGUGUUUACGGAUUGUUACCACGGCAACGAUGAUGCGAACGGACAAAUUUUCCUUUUCCUUUCUUUCUCUUUUUUUUUGUGUGGAGGGGCAUGGGGGGAUGGAAUAUGAAAGGCUUGAUCAUGUUGACAGGCUGGCUUGUUAUCAUCGAGUUGAUUUACUUCGAGCUGUACUGUAGUUUCUGACGAGUUUGUGUGGUGUUCUGCUUUCUUUUUGUCUUUUUUCGCUACGGUUAUUGGGGUCUUUUGACAAUACCGGUUUUUUUGAGUUUCGCUUUCGCGCAUGGGAAUGUGGAUUUGAGGACAGCUUUUCCUUUGUAUUCGACGAUUUGCGAGUACGUUGGCAUGAUCUGUACUCUAAUCACUGCAAUCCAAAUCCAUACUGGCGCCGUGUG